UGCCCAGAUCCCGAUUCCAUCCAGCUACAGUCAUGGCUCUUUUUACCCUUUCAACUGGACCCACCCCUUACUAGAUAGAGCAGAGGAACUCACCCUCUCCACUCACCACCUUCAGCAUUUCAGCAAACGCUCGCUCUGUCUUCUCUGCAAAGAAUUGAGUGCUCAUAUAAUAAUGCUUAAGGUCCCAGAUCACCAGGUUGCGGGUCACCAAGGUGGUCAUGGCCAGCCUGGUCCCCUCAUUGAUGAUUCAGGGCGUUUCUACAAGCCUCUUCAGGAUGAUGACCGGGGCGCGAUAGAGGCUGCGUUUUAUACCUCCUUCUCGUCGAACACGAGGGUUCCAGAUCACAUCCGAAGAUUCUUUCCUGUUUUUCACGGGACUCAGCUAUUAGAUGCAUCUGAUGGAUCUAGCCAGCGGCCGCACCUUGUAUUGGAGGAUGUUGUCUCUGGUCGUUCGCAUCCCUCGGUUAUGGAUGUUAAGAUUGGUUCUAGAACUUGGUACCCUGAAGCUUCUGAGGAUUACAUUCAGCGGUGCUUUGAGAAAGAUAGGAAAUCUAGCAGUUUGCGUUUGGGGUUUAGGAUUUCUGGGUUGCAGUUAUACGGAAGUGAAGAGUCUGGGUUGUGGAAGCCGGAGAGAAAACUUGUUCACAAUCUUAGCACGGAUGAGGUUAGAGUGGUGCUGAAGAAGUUUGUUUCUUCCAAUUCGCCAACUGAUCCAAAUUUGAACCCUGAUUGUUCUUUGGCGUCAAGCGUUUAUGGUGGUUCUUCUGGGAUUUUGGCUCAAUUAUUGGAGCUAAAGUCAUGGUUUGAGGAUCAAACCAUCUACCAUUUGAAUUCUUGUUCCGUUCUCAUGGUGUAUGGAAAAAAGAAAGUGCUAAAAGGAGGGAGUUCAGAUGCUGAAGUUAAACUUAUUGACUUCGCUCAUGUCACAGAAGGCAAUGGCAUCAUUGAUCAUAAUUUCUUGGGUGGGCUCUGCUCUUUGAUAAAGUUCAUCUCAGAGAUUCUUACUAGUCCCGAUGAGUGCACAACUAAAGUAUAUUUGCAGAACUCUGACAACAAAAAUGAGGAGAUUCUUGCCAGUUCCAAUGAGUGCACAACCAAAGUUUGUUUGUAGGACAAGAACAACAAUUGAAUCCAUUGAAGGAAUGUAGUAUUUCCAAUGCUAUAAUGGUCAGGCUAGUUGACGUUUAUGAAACUGUUUUAAUGAAUUUGCACAACUUAUUGAUGAAUUUUCUUCCCUGCCACCAUUCUACUUUUGGCUUGGGAAAGAAAAUCAACGACUGUAGACCCUAUUGAAUUUUAUAUGCACCCACCACCUAUUUUCUCA